AUGAGUGGCAGGGGCGGGGCGGAGUCCAGGUGCGCCUCGGCGUACACUUGGCAGAGCGCCUGGGAGCCGCCUGUGGGCAGGAGAGGAUCUGUCAAAUGCGAGGUUCCUAUAAUAAGAGCGACCAGUCCGGCUCCGAAAGUCAUGGCGACCGCAGCGUCUAACCACUACAACAUCCUCACCUCCAGCGCAUCCAUCGUGCACUCGGAGCCUGGCAGCAUGCAGCAAGCCACGGCGUACCGGGACGCACAGAGCCUGUUGCAGGGAGACUACGCGCUCCAGAGCAACAGCCACACGCUCAGCCACGCGCACCAGUGGAUCACGGCGCUGUCCCACGGAGAGGGAGCCCCGUGGUCCUCCAGCCCGCUGGGCGCGGAGCAGGACAUCAAGCCCUCGGUGCAGGGCGCCCGGGACGACAUGCACAACUCCAGCAGCAACCUGCAGCACCAGUCGCGGCCGCCCCACCUGGUGCACCAGUCGCUCGGGAACCACCACGACAGCCGGGCGUGGAGAACCAGCACCUCGGCGCACAUCCCGAGCAUGGCGACGACGAACGGCCAGAGCCUUAUCUACUCCCAGCCGAGCUUCAGUGUGAACGGGCUGAUCCCGAGCAGCGGGCAGGGCAUGCACCACCACAACCUAAGAGACAGUCAUGACGACCACCACAGCCCGCACCUCAGCGACCACGGCCACCCGCCGUCCCAGCAUCAGCACCAGCACCAGCCCGGGAGCCACCACGACCACUCGGACGAGGAUACGCCGACCUCGGACGACCUGGAGCAGUUCGCCAAACAGUUCAAGCAGCGGAGGAUCAAGCUGGGCUUCACGCAGGCGGACGUGGGACUCGCCCUGGGGACCCUGUACGGAAAUGUGUUUUCCCAAACCACCAUAUGCAGGUUUGAGGCCCUGCAGCUCAGCUUCAAAAACAUGUGCAAGCUGAAGCCUCUGUUGAACAAGUGGCUGGAGGAGGCGGACUCCACCUCGGGCAGCCCGACCAGCCUGGACAAAAUCGCUGCGCAGGGCAGGAAAAGGAAAAAACGGACUUCGAUCGAGGUAAGCGUAAAGGGAGCGUUGGAGAGCCAUUUUUUGAAGUCCCCUAAACCGGCAGCGUCGGAAAUAAUCGGCCUGGCGGACAGUCUGCACCUGGAGAAGGAGGUGGUGAGGGUUUGGUUUUGUAACAGGAGACAGAAGGAGAAACGCAUGACUCCUCCCGGAGGAGCUCUGCCAGGGAGCGAGGAUGUGUACGGGGACACGCCGCCGCACCACGGGGUCCAGACCCCGGUCCAAUGA